AUGCGGUCGGCACCAAGAUCCAUCACGAUCGCUGUGGUCGCAGUUAUCAGCACGCUUGUCCCAUCGAUAGCAAACGCCGCGUAUGUGCAAUGGGUGCCGUGCCUCGACGGAAGCGGAAGGGCGCAAGGGUUCGGGAACCUACAGCCAGCAUCGAACCGGGCGCGGCUCUUUCCGGCGGCCUACGAUAUUGCUGCUGGGCAGAGCGGCGCCAGACUGGAGCUGGACGUCCGCGCCGACUACUUGGGCGAAGCGACAUGCGCGGAGCUGCUGGACGAGGGCGCGUCGGACGUGAUGAUUGCACUCAACGCGCUGCAUGUGUCCGAGACGCACACCGUCCGGCCGUCGAACUGGACGUGCGUGGAGUAUGCGGACAGGCCCGCCUGGGAGCAAAGGGAACUCCCGGGCCGAGGAUCGCAACUACGGCUCGCUGCGCAGGUCGACCUCGGCGUGCUCGGCUUGCUCCCUACCUUUGCAGUGCAGUUCGUCUUCUUCCUGGGCGCCCUGACGCUCCGAUACCCGGGCUUCUACCAGCCCGUCACCAGCCUGUCGCACUGGUCGGCGCUGUUCAGCCCCGUCGGGCCCUUCGGCCAGCACCGGCGGUACGACAUGGUCAGAGACGGCAUCUACGAGAUCAACGGCACGCUCACGGGCACGUACGGACUGGAGCUGAUGUCGCAGAUCACGGGCGGCCCUGUGACGAUGGACGUGUGGUGGAACAUGGUGGUGAUCGUGGCAGCCAUCGUCGCGGCCGCGGCCGCGGGCAUGCUGGUGCACCGAUCGGCGUCGACGUGGAAGGUGCUGCGCGUGGUCAUGAGCUACUUCCUGGUCCCGAUCGUGGCCAUCUCGGCCUACCAGCUCGACCACGUGCUGCUGCCGGCCUACCACCUCGCCCUGGCCGCGCUGCUCAUCGUGCUGGUGGUGAUCGGCCUGACGUGGAUGUGGCGGACGGCGCCGUCGAAUCAGCUGUGGGUCCUGUUUCUCGACUCGUCGAAGCGCUACCGCCUGGUCCGGACCGACAACCCGGACGACCCGGACGACCCGGAAGAUGACGGUGGCGGCGGCGGCGGCGACGGCGAGGAAGCCCCCGGCAGGAACCGGGACAUCUUUGCCGUCAUCUUCUUCGCGCUCCAGUUUGGCGGCGGCAUCGCCGUGGGCGGCUUCCAGUUCUCGCCGCUCUCGCAGGUCGUCGGGCUCGCCGCGCUCGAGCUGUGCCUGCUCGUCAGCAUGGCCGUGCUCCGGCCGCUGCGGCGCCCGCUCUUGUCCAUGUUCGUGUGGGUGGAGGUCGCGCGCCUCGGGGUGGUCGCGCUUACGGCCGUCUUCCUUCCGGAGCUGGAUGUAAGUCUGGCGGCGAGGAGCCGCGUGGCCAUCGCCAUCCUCGCAAUCCAUGCCGCCGUGCUGGUGUUCGGGUGCGCCGUGCCCGCCGCCGUCCGCCUUGCCAGUCUGGUGUACUACCUGCUUUGGGCCCCGGCGGAGAAGCCACAGAUUUACGGAUUGAGCCAGCUGAGACGGCGCCACGACGCUGUCAACAACCUCUCCUCUGCCGACAUGUUGUCUACCGCGUUACAAAGCACCCCUUACUCCAGCAGGACCCACUCCCUGGUUUCCUACCAGCGCCACAACCCGCACAGUCCAAGCGACGCAAGCAGCAUCAGCUUCUACCUCGACCCGGACUCAUCCCCGGACGCGCUAUACUUCCAAGCCGUUCCGCAACAAUACUACUACUUCCGCCCGUUCCGGCCCUCGGCAACGCGCCACCCGGGCGCGGCGGCGUCGUCUUCCUCCUCCACCGCCCACCACUCCUCCGGUUCUUCUUCUUCGACGAGCUCACCGAUAUCCGAGUUGGGGACCAUGACCAUUCCCGCCACUGCGACGACGACGACGACGACGACCAACACCAACACCACCACAUUAUUAUCCCGAGUCACUAACGGCAGCGGCGGCGGCUGGGAAAAAAAGCCACAGGCUCGCUCCUCGGACUCUACCGAGCGCUCAGACAGGAGUGCUGCUAGUACUGUCUCGCAGACGGCGGACAUGUCUCUCCCGCUGCCGCCGCUGGCACCGCAGUGGUCGGAUUAUUCGUUCCGCGAGGCCGAUCUGUACUACGGCCACGCCCGUGCCCGAGGUGGUGAUGAUGAUGAUGGGGGUUAUGGGCCAGCUGCUGCGACAGGAGGAGGAGGAGAAGGAGGAGAAGGAGAAGGAGAAUUCGCCGGGCCGCCGUUGUUCACUGUUCGUCGUGUUGCGUCGAGUAUAUUCUCGUCCAUCACGGGCCGGACGCUGUCUUCGACGAGUAGAUCUUCUGAGAGGCAGGGGCAUAAGGCGGGGGGCACGACGAAGGGAUUUGAGGUUCGCAGACCGCCGAGACCUCCGGGUCUUUAG